AUGAGUCUCCAGAAGACCUCAGAGAGGGUCAGAACAUCCUCACCAAAGUACAAGGCCGAUGUUGGUCUUCACACUCCCUCGAAAAAGGCCGAAAAGCGAAGGCUAUCUCUAGAACGACAAGAACGAUAUAUGAGCGAACUUCCAUCGGCCGGGAACGUAAAUGUCAGGUUGGCUUGCCAAUCAUCUGCCCGAUUCUCAUCAGUCGAGGAGAUUCAGAGGGACAUGGAUAUGAAAUUGGGAGUAAUCAUGAAGGAAUUGGCUCGGUGA